AUGGCCGGUCCCUGCCAAUUAUUCUAUCUUGAAGACUUGCAGGCAAAAGACCCGCAUAAGGCAUCUGAUGAGCAAUCACAAAUACGAGUACCAAGCAUUGAUAGCACCGUCAUCAGCAUCAACAGCCCACGCAUUGAAGCAAGCUCUGUCGCCUCCAGUCUUACUCUCGUGGACGAACCAACGACAAUGGGUCCACCAGCAUACGGCAAGCUCUUCUACGGCCAGAAUAGAGAUGAGGAGUUGGCGCCCCGGCCUCUGCGUCCUCGAAGAAGCGUACAGUCAUCCCUGCCAGAUGUUGAGCCCCCAAGCUAUACGCAACUGGCCACCAAACCUCUUCCUCCAACCCCGUCUCUCUCCAGGGAUUCGAGGAUGCAGAGAACAACUAGUCCGCCUGUUGACAGGGGCAACGUGUUCAGUCCCAUCUCGCCACUUUCAAGAUUGGAUAUGGCCAUCCCUGAGCUUGAGAGACCUCGCAAUGUGGUGGCCACAAACCAAGCCGUUGAUGGACCUGGGUGUCCAACUAAGCCAACGAAUAGUUCUACUAUCUGCGUUUUCUGUCUCGAUGUCGAGCAGCCUUCUGCAAGUGGUCGGACUCAUGAAUCUCUGGCAAAAAGCACUCGGGAAACUGCUCGCCAGGUAUCUUCAACGCCAACAGAAGCUGUCCCGUUAACCACCUUUUCUCACGAGGCGAAGGAUAUCAGCUCUAAAGCGAGACAUAACAGUGUUUUGACACGGGCAUUUCAGCGCCUUUGGCCCGCAAAGCUAAUUCGUCACCGGAACCCGGCAAUCCGUCCUUCGUCAGCCUCAGCUCACCGUCCACCCACUCCAUUCGUGAGAGUAGAGCCACACACUCAGAGGCAACCACGUCCAGCUGGCGCAGCACCUCCCACUCCAAUUACCCGCAUGAAGCGGGUGCUCUCAGUUCUGAUGGACGAGAGGAUGUCCCUCUACCUCAACAAUCUUGUCGCUGCAGCUGUGGAUGAGUCCCUCAUCAGAGACACCCAGGUUCUGGUAGUAGACAGCGUCCAGUCAGCGCGCCCUUCAAUUCAGGGAUCCACCUGCGACAGAUCACCAGUGGAUCAUCCAAGCUUGCGCCGUCCAGUUUGCAGCUUGUACGAAUUGGACGGGCACGCUAAAAAAAUCUCCCCUCCCGCAUGGGAGCUCCGCGAGAUAAAGGAGGCGGGUGGUAACACCGAGAAACCAGGUAACCAAGCAUUCACAGCCAAUCUGUAUCUUCGCCACUACACCCGGGAUCUCAUACAUCUAGCGAAUAUUAAGUUCCUGCUCCAAGACCACUGUGAGCCACUCCUGAAUAAGGACAUGGUAGCUGGUCUCCGCGACCCGUACGAUACCCGCGCUGAAAGAGUCGAUGCAGCUAUCUGGCGAGUAUGGAUAUUCUGCCAGUUAUUUGGAAACCGAAAAGACCGUGAAAACGACUUCCAGGGUCAAAGCCGGUGGCUUCGGGGACAACGAACAACCGGUGCUUUGGAGCUUCCGCAGGUUUGCAGGACUUCUCCAGACCCUGCCGACUUUAACACAGUGCUGUUUUCGCCUCCUGACGGAUUCGCGCAGGGAAAUCCAGCCACUGGUCUCUCGAGACAGCAGCUUUUGGACAUGGUGGAUAUCUGGGUAGCAAUGGGACAGCUGAUGGAAUGCCUCCGGAAGCAAACUCGUCUUGCGCGGCAACAUGGAGUAUUCGACUCUGCAGAAACACCGCCUAAUACUGCGAGAGAGGAGCUGCGCAUGCUUCGAGCCUGGCUCGACUUCAUCCUCACCUUAGGACCAGCUGCCGUUCUAGAACUGGUGCCGGCCGGUCCAAAUUCAGAUCCAGCGCGGGCUUUUGGUCGGGCAAAGGCUAAUGGAUGGACUCAGUGGUCACCCCCUCCACUCAAGGCGCCCAGAUCCAACUUCCUGGUUGGUAUAGUCCGCUCUUUGUUGCAAACCAUGCCUGAUAACGACUUUGAUGGAAAUGCGAUAUGA